UUUAACAGGUGAUUAGAAAAACAUUCACACGUUUCACAUAAGACAUUCACAAUAACUACGUGAGUGUGCAAAUAAUUAUUUUACUUUCAGUACAGUAAACACAGAAAUAUGUGAAGGGAAAGACAUAAAGAUCGUUUCACGAUUUCAUGAAUUAGGACAUGUUACUUUUGUAUCAGCAACAAAACAGGAGGUAGGUAAGCCAUAUCCAUAAUGUGCAGACAGCUAACCCCAAGAGGAAGGCUGCAAAGUAACUUAUUGAGAAACAUUUUUGGUUGUGGGGGUCACAGUGUGUGUUUGGUGAGUAGACCUCUUUUCCCUGGAUGAUAAGACCAACUACAGACUGUAGACAGCCUUGUCUCCCUUUUCUCCUUCUCUCUCCCUGGCUGGCUUAAUGGCUGCAGGUGUGACUUUAGACAAGGAAGCUGUUAUCAGGGUACACCAUGACUCAAAGGGGUUAGGAGGGAGGAGACACAAGAAAACAAAAAAGAAUGCCUUCAGCUGUUACUAGGCCAACAUCUGUUGGUAGAUCACUGCUGAAGUUUCAGCUACUAUUUCAAAUAUUUCCACUAUUAUUACUUUUGAACCCCUCUUGUUACCAUUUUACAGUCUACUAAUUUGUGGGUGCAUGUAUUCAACAUUUUAACAUUGGUUCAACUACUUUAUUUAGAACCUGAUGUUUUUGCUAAAGCCCUAUGAACAGGUUGGACAGCUGUUUCUCCCCAUCUGUGUCUCUGACAGCGAAGUGGAGGCAGGGGCCUGUGAAGUCAGUCCCGGUGGAUAUAGAAUAAUCCUGCCUCUGUCUCAUGACAAGGAGCCAGCCCACCUGCAGUGCACCUGCCACUUGGCCUCCAAACAAGAAAGGAGUCACGUAAAACAUUUAUGAUCAUCCAUUAAAAAUGAAUCCCAUCAAACAGUUUAGAGAGAAAGCAGAUGGAGAUUAUACUCUGCCAUCCAGAGGCAUGCUGUAUGGCUCCUCUAAUGUCACAUGACCACAUGACCUCAGUUGACCUUGACCUUUCUCCUCACCAAUGGAGAAACCACCAAUAAAGAUAUCAACUCUGAUGGAUUCAUAGAAAGCGGGACUAACCAAUAAUAAAAGACAUUCAAAGCUAAUGAGAAAGCAUUUUAGGCUGCAUUCUGAAGUAUAAAAUAGAGAGUGAGCUGAAGGGGCUGAGAGAAGAAAGGAAAGAGGAACAGAUUGCAGAAGUCAAAGGCUGUGGAGCAUCAGACACAAAGCGAGUAUCUGUUUGUCAGCUGACAAAGAUGUCAGUUAAAUAUAGCUGAAGUUCAGUUGGGCAAACAGAAGAUGCAAUAUUAUACUCUUGGUAUUGCAUGGCAUGAAAAUAAUAUUGGUCUUUAUUCCCUGAAAACAUUUUAAAUAUUUUUUUUAUUUAUGCUCGUGAGUGCUUAUUUUCCUUCAUCAAAGGCAAACUAUUGAUAUCGAUUUCGAUCUUCAGAUUCCUUUCCCAUUUGUUUAAUUAACUUAAUUAAUUGCUAAUGUUAUUGCAUUGACACAAACACAUUCAAGCAAAUGUUGGGUCCAGCUACCAGAGGGAGAUAGAAGCACUGUGUAUGUAAUGUAGUAUGUAAGAUGACUUGGCAUUAAAAGGGCACAUUGAAAAUAAUGUGUGUUGGAUGCUAAGAUAGAUUAGCAGGUGCUAUGUUGACAUAUGAGCAGGAUGCCACCUGUCUGUUUAAACAUUUAGUACAUAAAUCAUUACAUAUCACACCAUGUGGAAGUCGUGUUAAUGAGGUAUUUUCUCCAAAUACUGCCUUGGAAACCUUUUCAAACCAGUAAUUCUGAUACUCCUAAUUACAAUAAAUAGGUUAACCCCAAAAGCUCUCUCAAGGUGUGAUGGAUUCUUGUUCCUGUUCGGGCAUGAACAAUAAACACAAUAAUGUGUGUGUGUGUAAAUGACAAAGCAGAACAGCGGUUUGUAAAUCAUUAUACAAACACCUAAUUUGCACUGCUCUGCAAGAUAUGAAGGUGUUCAGAUUCCAGACGGAGCGUUUCAACAGCAAAUCAAAGUCCCACCACUUUAAUUAGGCUUCUGUGAGUCAUGGUGUUCAAAGAUGUUUUCUAAAGUCUGUGCUUCUAAAGCAUUCCGGUUGUGGUAUGGGGAACAUUCGUCUGUGUUACAAAUGAGUCCUUGGCACAUUUGCAGAGAAGCAUUGUCAUUGCUGCAUCUGCCAGAGAUAAAAAAGAGGCCAGAACACAACAGUACAGCCAGGCUCAGUCGCUCUGAAAGCAGCUGGACCCAGACAUCACCAGCACUUCUGACAGACACAGGGAGCAUAAGCCAAAGCCUGGCAACAAUAGCUUCAACCUGUCUAUCACAUAGAUGUCAGACGCUAAAUGAGUCAUCCAACCAUCUCAUUGGCUAUUCAAAUAAUUACCAGACAGCCAGGACCCAGUCACUGACAGAAACUAUGGAUCACCUGGUUUCACCUUUAUGAAAAGAAAGCAACACUAUAAGGACCACUUCUUGAUUAAAAUACUAUUAUAUAAAUGAGAUAGUAUGGCAAAGUCUACCUAUGUGUGAGAAGAGGAUAGUUUGUAACACAAAACCAAUUUGAUUCCGAACUGUGUGGCCUAAUUCUAGAUUGUUAUGUAAUUUGGUCACGCAAGAGCAAGUGAUAAAAGUUACUACAGGACAGCUGCCAUGACAUCAUAAAAAUGAGCCAUGCAAAUAUUAGAUCUGGGAAUGUUUAUGCCAUUCUUAAGUUACUGAAGCAUCUCCGUUUACCCACUGGCCAACUCAUGAGUGCCCUUCACCUAUUUCUGCUAUGUUCACACACACGACCCCCACCCCCCAUGGUGCCCUCACUGGCUCUCCUCCAGAGAAUACAGCAAGAGUGCAGCUCUCAUCUUUUGAAUGUUGAUUCGGUCAUUCUGUCACACUUUUCUAUAGAUUGAUGUAUUUUCAGGUCAGAUACUAAAGCAGUAUAAAAGGUUUGGUUCCUAAAUGGACAGUCCGUAUGUAAGGCUACGACAUGUUCAUUCAGUCCAUUGGAACACAUCAGACCGGGUCUCACAGGAGAGGACAGGUCUGACAGUUGACUGAUGAUUUAGAAAACAGAGUUGUUUUCUAUGAGGUGACAGCUAAGGGAUGUCUUCAAUGUACUUUAGUCUGGACUUGGUAGGUUGUUGCUUGGUAACAGACUGCAACCACUUCAAAGUCCCUUGUCGGUGCAUGAAAAGCUGCUUUGGAGAAGCUUCAGAGGAGACAGCCAUUGGACCCUGGGACAUGGCUUGCAACAUGUUCCCCUCUGUUCCUGUAGGUUCAGAGCCUCCCCUCUGAGGGGAUAGUCUCUGGGGAGCAGAAGGCGGUAGGUCUGGCGUCUGGAAACACGUCUGUCUGACUCUGAUGGCAGAACCGUACAGAAGGGAAAGGCUGUGCGAGGCAGAGUCAUGAGAGGCCAAGUUAGAAACUAAAAUCUGUCAACUCCAUCAGAGCCACCAACGAUCAUACUGUCAAGCUGGCCAACAUGGAGCCCGGACCCCAGCUAAUCAAGCCUGCAAGUACAUUUCCAGAGGAAAAAAGACAGUUGAGUGUCCCUGUGUCAUAGCGUUUAUAAGUUGAUGUUUUUAAUGUCCGCCAUGCUUUUCCUAUUCCAUUCAUUUUAAAAUAAAGCUCUUACUUAUAACCUAAAAAAUCAAGUGUACUUGUAUACCAAAAAAUAGCCCACAAGGCAGCUAAUAAUAUAAGGACAUUUGCAUUCUUUUAUUUUUAAGAGGCCAAAUAUUUCGUAUACGGAAGUACUUGUACAUACACAUGGCACCGGUACUAGGAUAUCGGGAAUGCAUUUUAUGGAAGAGAGUACCUCAUACAAAAGUACUUCUUUGUUCCCUGUAGUUGGGCCUACUUAGUGGAAUAAUACUUUUUCCAUUCCCCAAGUCCAUUCAGGGAAAGAUUAUUAUAAAAUUAAAAUACAAAAGAGUAUGCCUAUAGGAAAGGUCAAUUUAAAUAAAUAAUGUUUUUAUUGAUUCAAAUUUUGUGAAAUAUUUGGUAUGCCCAUCACACUACUAUGUGCAUAUACAAGGUCCACCACAGGAAUAAUAUUGUAUUGUGUGUACUGUCGAGCUGACUGUUUAUGUAUUUGUAAGAUGUCCAAUAAAUUCGAUCAAUCAGUCAACAGACUGCUAUCCCCACUGUGUGCUAUAAAGCACGAACAUGUCCCAUUCUGUUACUCAGCCAGGCUGGCACAUGGGUCAUCACUGCCCCCCAGGACAAGUUGGCGGAUGCCACUUCCUGGGCAUGGGCAAACACAAGGACUUAUGCACUAUUUAUAACCACUUAUUAGAGAAGACUGUUUUCUUAACGAAGCUGAGAGAAAUGAUAAGGCAGGAUAAGGAAAAGAGAACAUAUAGCCUACCAAUAACAUAACGAAAUUAAUUUGCUUAUUUCAAUCCCAUGUGAUAAUGCAUCUUUAAUUACUCAAAUAUCUUAUGCUACUUGAAUAGGCUACAUGAUCCAAAUGUGUGAAACAGGAACUGCAUAUGAAUGCUUAUGAAAGCGAUGUUGAGAAAAUUCUCAGAGCAAGGUCAUCCCUAAUCAGUUCAAAACAACAGAUAUGUUCUUAUUCAAACAAGGCCAAGACAAACUAUUAAUAAACAACAGGAAACUGAUCUAAUCUGAUGUCACUGUGACUCCAAUACCACUGAGUUACCUUUGCCUGUGACAAUAGUCUCUAAAUUAUCAAAGCUAACACAGACAAAGCUUUGCUAAAUGAAAAUAGGCUGUGUCACCUAUUUAAUCAAGUCCAUGUUUCAAAGCUUAGCAUGUGCAAAAUACUUAAAUGUAUCAUACUUUCACUACCAUCUCCACAUUAUACCAAUGUUAAUGUAUGCAAAAGACUACAAUUAAAAUAUGGUGUGACAGCAGCUGUUUAGAAACCAUUAUUGAUUGGCAGGAUUAUGUCAGCCCAUCUGUUAUUGAUCAUACCAAGUCAGUGGAACAUAAUAGGGUUUUAGUAAUGUUUAGGCAGUGGCGGCUGGUGACUCAAAAAAUGGGGAAGAAAUUAGGAAACGCAGGUUGGUACAGUAACAUGCUCAGAUUAGUUCUUGUUCAAAUGUAACAAUUAUGCGACUAGCAACAUAAUGCAAAUCUACAACCAAGGAAAUGUAAUGCACCUGACGAUUAUCUGUCUUUUCCCACAAUUUACUAAUAUCAAAUUAUAAUCAUACUGUCAAAUCAUACUGUUGGCCUAUCGAUCGCAUUACUUCAAAAAAGUAUACAAAAAAAUACUGUGGAUAUGGGUACACUAACCCUGUAACACAUUACUAUACUGUGCCUUUAAGAUGAGCUAGCUGAUUUGGAGGCCAAUGUCAAACGCCGAUUCUAUUCAUUAACUAUUGUAAACCCAAACGUAAAAUAAAUAAAUAACACUUGAUCGUAUAGCACCUAAUCUGUUGAUCGUUGCACAGGCUGAAGUUCGAAAACCAGCUCAGACGGGAGUUAAUGUUUUUAGCUAGCUAGCUAGCCUGGAGCAGAACACAGGCGAAGUGGAUUCCCUUUCGUAUGCAGAACUAUGUCAGCACGAAAGAGAAAAUUGCCUUCAGCACUAGAGUCAGCAGAUCAAACAAAACGAGUAAGGCCAGUGCCCCAUUGUGAGAGUGGCGAUGUCCACGUGAAGGAUGUUAGUCCUUAUUUUCACAAUGAAGGGGAUCCCUGCAGACUUGGAGAAGACUUUUUCAACCAGCCAUGUGUUUGUUUGGCUAAAGACUUUCUCGGCAAGGUAUUGGUGCGCCGAUGUGCAGACGGUACUGAGCUGAGAGGCAUGGUGGUGGAGACUGAGGCCUACCUUGGAGGGGAGGACAAAGCGUCUCACUCAGCUGGGGGGAAGCGCACAGAGAGAAACACGGCAAUGUUUAUGAAGCCGGGCACAAUCUAUGUGUAUUCAAUCUAUGGCAUUUAUCUCUGUAUGAAUGUAUCCAGUCAAGGGGAGGGGGCUGCAGUUCUACUACGCUCUCUGGAACCCCUUCAGGGCAUGCCCUUCAUGAGGCAGCUGCGAGUGGCCAGACGGAAGGAAGGAGCGCGACCUCUCAAGGACAAAGAGCUUUGCAACGGGCCCUCCAAACUGUGCCAAGCUCUGGACAUACCCCGCUGCUUUGACCGCAGAGACCUGGCCUCUGACCCAGACGUGUGGCUGGAGAGGACCUCCCAGGCAGGGCCCCUGGACGUGGUGACAGCAUCCCGCAUUGGCAUAGAGUCCCAUGGAGAGUGGGCCACCAAACCCCUGCGCUUCUAUCUGCGAGGACACCCAUGUGUGAGCGUGGUGGACCGACAGGCCGAGAGGAUGGCUGUGGUCUGCAGCGCUGCUCAUGACCUGGUUCCGUCAGUGGAGGAAUGCAACGCUGACACAGGACAGAACUGAAACUGUCAAACGUGUGGACGUGAGAUUGUCUUGAAUUAAGGCCCAUGCUUCUGCUACACUGUGUGAGCAUACAACUGACAGCAUUUAGUUGUUUUUUUCUUAACUCCGAUUUGUUUUUCACUUAUUCAACACAUGGGCAUGUUUAUCAAUUUUCCACAAUACUCAGUGAUGGAAUAGAACCAAGGUACACCCAUAACCAGAUGUUUUGAUAAGCAAAUACCACAAUUCAAGAUGUGCUAAAUGAAACAUUAACUAUGCAGAAAUCCUUGCUAUGGUUCCAUUUUCAUGGUUUCCA